AUGGAUUCAGACCCGACCAAGCUAGCCUCGCCGGCUGUGUUGUCGCUGCGUGCCCAGGCGGCCGGCGUUAUGGAAAGGACCCUCAGUCAAGAUAUCAGGGAAGAGAGGGAAGAUCUCAGAGAGGCUGCUGAACAGACUUUAAACGUCAUUGUCGACCUCAACCUCAACGGCACCGUCCGCUGGGUCAGCCCCUCCUGGGUCGACGUCAUUGGUACCUCUCCCGAUGAUGUUCAGGGCAAGCCCAUCUCGGGUGUCGUGGUCAGCGAGCCCACCUCCAUCUUUACCGAUGUUGUCGACUCUAUGCAAGGGGACGACUCCCGGAGCCAGUUUAUCCGUUUCUCCGUCAAGCUUGGUCCCCAGUCCAAGCUCCUUGCCCCUGCUGAGGGCGUGGAGGAGGACUUCCAGAAACUGGAGGGUGAAGCUGUAGUCGAUCUCGAGGCACAAGGCAUCAUGGUCCAUGAUACUGGCGGGGAGAGUCACACCAUGUGGAUGAUUCGCCCGUGGAUGGCUCCUCGAGAGAUCCAGAUCGACUUGAACCCGGAGCUCGUCGACUCCCUUGGCUCUGGUGCCGAACUCUUAGCCAGCUACUUGACGCGUCUGGCCGAGGCGGGCAGCGAGGAGUUCCUUGACCAAGCCCCUCCGUCGACUCUCCUCUGUCGGAUCUGCGAGCGUCAAAUACCCUGUUGGUGGUUUGAGAAGCACACGGACCUCUGUUUACAAGAGCACCAGGCGGAGAUGGAGGUUCAGAUGGCCCAGGAGGGCUUGGCUGAGCAUCGACAUGCUAUUGUCAAGGUUCUAGAUGCUCUCGAGGCUCGAAAGAGCCGCUCCCUUACGGGUGAGCAGAUAAGCUUGCCUUUCGCCGAGUACAAAGGCAUGGCGAUCGGCCCGCCACCAUCCAGCUCCUCGUCGCCUGGAACUGCCUCGCCGCCGACUACUGGAGGCCGCUCUCGCGACAGGUCGGCCGGCUUUGGCCACGCGAGAGCGAGGUCAUUCGCCAUCAGGAGGCCCCAGGCCAGGAUUGUCGAGCUCUUGUUGGAUCUCUGCGACACAGCCAUGGAGAUCAGCACACCAGCGAUCAAAGAUUCUUCGGCGCAGGCUCCGGGCGAGUUUCGUACCCAGUCUCCGCAAUCCGAGUCCCGCAUAGCGCAGGUCAUGCAGUGGCAGUCUCCGAGCACCAACACGCUCGAGCAGGAGCAAGGGCUGGCUCUUCUCUGUGCUGACACGGAGAGGAUCGCAAAGUCCAAGGUUGAUGCAGUAUUCCGCCACAGAAAAGUCAUAGAAUACGCCGAGCGCAUUCGUGUGGAAUUUGCCAUCAAGGUUCAAGACUGCAUUGAUGAUGCUAUGCAACGGGCUGCUCGUAUAGCUGCCGGCCGAUUAAGCGAUUCGACCGAGUCUGAAGAAGAUGCCGAAGGGGGUACCGAAGAAGAAGAAGAAGACGACGACAACGAAACCAUACCUCCACAAGACAAUCUUCCUGAUGAAGAAGGGAUCUUUCCAGGCUCGUUCGAUGGAGAAUCAUCACUUGCUCUGGCUCUCGAAAAGGCAAAUCUGAACGAUGAUCCGGACAAGCGGCGCUUCUCAGCAGCCAUUGGCUCGACAAGGUCCAGUAGCCCAAAAGAAUGCCCGACGCCUCGAUCACACCAUGGUAUUGCUACUGUUCUUGGACAGCAGAACAACACAAGGGAGUCGCGACGAGGAUCUAUGUUGCUCGAGAGUGACACUGCAGAAAGCGAGGGCAGUGUCAGGUCCUCGUCGGUAGCUUCGCGCCCUGCCCCAAGGACCGAGUCGCCAAUCUCAGAGUUUGGGGAUCUGAGGAGACAGGCAAGCUCUCGGUCUCAUAACCGGCGAAGCUGGAUCCUGCCUGGUACCAUCUCACCGAUCAGACAGGAGUCCCCCUCAAGGAGUUCUCAGCAGCAGCAGCAGCAGCAGCAGCAGCAGCCCGCCUCGCCUCUGCGAAUCACAAAACCUCGGAAUCUUCCUGACGGACUCACCUCACCUGAGCCUUCACCCAAGCUCGCUAACAGCGAGUUCAGUUCUCCAGUCGCAGCUCCUACCCACCACAAUAGUCACCAUCAUCACCAUAGCAACAACCACCACCACCACCACCGGAGACAAUCUUCGGCAGCCAUAUCAUCGUCUGCCGGCGAAAGCGUCAAGCUUCCACCGUCUCCCCGGCUGAAUGGGGUGACGGCACAGCCACUGGCGCGCGCGGUGCCCCCAUCGAUCAAAGACUUUGAGGUCAUCAAACCCAUCAGCAAGGGCGCCUUCGGCAGCGUGUACCUCUCCAAGAAAAAGUCGACUGGCGAGUAUUUCGCCAUCAAGGUCCUGAAGAAGGCAGACAUGGUGGCCAAGAAUCAAGUCACCAACGUCAAAGCUGAGCGCGCAAUUAUGAUGUGGCAGGGCGAGAGCGACUUCGUUGCGAAGCUGUACUGGACGUUCUCCAGCAAGGACUACCUGUACCUGGUGAUGGAGUACCUAAAUGGCGGCGACUGCGCGUCGUUGAUCAAGGUCCUCGGCGGACUACCUGAGGACUGGGUCCAGAAAUACCUGGGCGAGGUUGUCCUUGGCGUCGAACACCUCCACAGCCGAGGUAUUGUCCAUCGAGACUUGAAGCCCGACAACCUCCUCAUUGAUCAGAAAGGACACCUCAAACUCACAGACUUUGGUCUUUCGCGUAUGGGUCUCGUGGGUCGGCAGAAGCGAGCUCUGCACGCUGGUGCAAGCGAGCCAGCGCCCGACCUGCUCAAGUCGGGCCCUUUUGCCAGAGCACUCUCUGUGGGAUCGUCGGCAUCACGAUCAACCUCGCUCGACGUGCAUUUGCCGAACCACCACUCCCCUACGCUGACACCGCAGAUGACGCCAACCGAUUUUGGUGUCAAUCUUGCGCAGCCUUCCUACUUCAGCCUGGGCCCUGCUGCUCAGAACGAGCCACGCCGCAUAUCCAACGGACAACGUAGCGACAGCGGCGGCAGCGACACGUUGGCACACAUGCUGGGUAGCUUCUCGCUCAACGACACCACGCAUGGGUCGGCCGCCCAGGCUGUCGCCUCACCCAACGAAGGAAGCGAGGGAGGAAGCCCGUCUCCAGAUGUCGCGUCGCUCCGGCAUACCAACACUGGCAGCACGCAGGGGAGUUCCGACCCAGGUAAAGGUACCCCUCCUCAGGCCGGCAUGCCCCCGCCCAACUGGGCCCUGUUCGACCCUGAAGACACAAGUCGCCGUUUCGUGGGGACUCCAGAUUAUCUUGCUCCCGAGACCAUCCGUGGAGAGCCACAAGACGAGACCAGCGAUUGGUGGUCGGUCGGGUGCAUUCUGUACGAAUUCCUCUAUGGGAUCCCUCCUUUUCAUGCCAGCGAGCCUGAGCAGGUGUUUGAGAACAUCCUCGCCCGGAGACUGCAUUGGCCAUCCGAAGACGAGGUCGAGGUCUCUGCCGAGGCCAAAGAUCUUAUCAACAAGCUGCUCUGCAUCGAUCCGCGGGAGAGAUUAGGCUCGAAUAAGAAUGAGAAAUUCGCAUCUGGAGGUGCCGAGAUACGCAAUCACCCUUGGUUCGACGGAAUGAAUUGGGAGAGUCUCCUUCAGGACGAGGCCCAAUUCGUACCCCAGCCCGAGAAUCCCGAAGAUACCGAGUACUUUGAUGCUCGUGGAGCCACGCUCCAGGCUUUUGCAGAGGAGAUGGAAGAUCAGUUGUCGCCCCCCGUGUCAGCACCGGCUACGGAAUAUGCGGACAGACCGCACGACGCCCUCUCGCGUGUUCGCUCACAGGUACAGGUCAACUCGAUCAAGAGGGGGCUCAUGCCUCUCCACAUACCGCCUCACGUCCGAGAUCUCAAGAGCAGGAGGUUAAGCGAGCCAACGGUCAACGAUGAUUUUGGCAAUUUUGCUUACAAAAAUUUACCUGUGCUAGACAAGGCCAACAAGGAUGUCAUACAAAAGUUGCGCGCCGAAGCACACGCCGCCCAAAACAAGUCUUCGACUGCCAUCAGCCCCGGCGGGAUCAACCAGGUCACGUCACCAGGAGGCGUUGGACUCGAAGGGAGCCCUGUUCUGUCCAACCCGGUCCAAAGAACGCUGUCGAACGCCAAGGCCUCGCAGCGGCCUCAGUCGCCCUCUGGCAUUAGCAACUCGCAUUCCUCGCCAAGCCGGGUGUCGCAGCCGUCGUCGCCUCUUCUCGUGUCGUUUGUUGCUGGACAAGAGGGAAGACGUAAGGCUUCCAGCACUUCUUCUAAUCUGUCACAACAGACAGGCUCUGGUAGCUCACUUCAGCCAGGCAACUUCUUCGAUGUGCCACGCGUCCCACCUAGCCUGCAGAAAGCAGCCACGUCGGUGGGGGCAUCCCCGGUCAAGGGCCGUGGGUCUGCACCACCGCCUCUGACCCUCGCAUCGCCGCAGAGGUCCAUAGCCUCACCUCGCCAUGGCAGCAGCUCGUCCCCGGCCCGUUCAAGAUCGCUCACGGUCGGCUCUCAAGAGGGGAGUCCGGUGGCUGCAGAUCUCCUGUCCCAUCGGAAUCGUCGUAGCCAAGUAUUCGACAUGUCACCUUCGUCUUCUGACAACGAAGGAGAGAAGGCCAAUGCAGCCCUCCUGAGAGUGCAGAGGCGUCGCCAGAGCUCUCGGCGCCUGUCGCAGAUAUCCUACGACAACCCUGCCUUCCGAGCCCUGGAUGUUCUCAUCUGUGAAGAUCACCCUGUUUCUCGGAUGGUCAUGGAGAAGCUGCUUGAGAAGCUGCGCUGCCGUACCAUCUCUGCCUGCACAGGCCCUGAGGCAGUCAGAUACGCCAUGAGUGACAUCAAGUUUGAUAUCAUCUUCAUGGAGUUCAAGCUACCACAGAUUAUUGGCGCUGAUGUGGCAAAGAUGAUCCGUGAAACCAAGAAUGCCAACUCACACACCCCUCUUGUCGCCAUCACAGCCUACUUAAAAGAGCUCCAGGCACCCCACUAUUUCGACUCCUUGAUCGAGAAGCCCAUCAGCUCAUCUAAGCUGACCGAGGUGCUCACCCACUUUUGUCAAUGGAAGCCUGCUUCCCCCAGCCAGAAGAGCUCAAUCUCCUUCUCGUCGGCUGCUGCUGGUGGUGCUGGUGCAGCCCCUCACCCAACACCCACCAACCUGAGGCAGGAGAGUCUGAAAUACGAGGGAAGCCCCACCAGUGGUACGUCUUCUGCUGGCUUUGCGAAUCGUACUGGGAGCAGCUUCCGCGGCUCAAGCCGCGAGGACUCCAUCUCCUCUAGCCUCUUUGGCGACUCAGAAUCAGUGUCGGCUGAUGAGAUUUCUGUCGCAAUCAGUCGUAAUACCACGAACGACUGGAAAGAUCAAGGUCUUGGGAUCGGCAUGCCACCGGCGCAGGAGGAGCAUCUACUAAGCAGCGACGCGGUCAAAGGCGUGCUGAGCCCAUCUCCAGCCUCCAAGGAGACAGCCAAGGACAUGACGCAUCUGACGCUCCAGCAUAGCGCUCCCGGGCAGGUGGAGCAUGACACGACAGCAGUGCCUAUCGCAGCCCCUAAACCACGUCGCUCCUUCGAGAAGCUGAGAGCAAAGCGCGAGCUGAUGGAAAAAAGGCGACUCGAGGGCAAUACUGGCAUCGAUUCUGCAGAUGACGAGGACGACGAACUUGGCCUCGGCAUGGCAGGCAAGCCCGUAGGCUUCGGCCCACCUACCGCUGCGGCGGCAACAGCUCAAGCCGCAAAGCAGCAUUUCCGGAGACAGUCGGUGCUCCCAUCGUCCAAGCUCGGCAUCGAGAUGAUGCGUGCCAACAGUCAUGAUAGCGUGAAUGUGCCUGCUGCUCAAGGCGCGAGCGCGUCCGAGCCCGCUACGCAUGCCUUGACCACUCCCAAAGGCUCCGUUGAGCACUCGCCGUUGUCUGGGCCUACCAUGCUGGCACCGCCUGACUUGCAUGCUGGCGGCUUAUCGCUGAGCCCGGCGCCGAUCCUCGAUGAAGAGGAGGAAGACAAAACAGUCAUUGUCCACACCCCACCGAGGAUUGAAGCCAGUGGAGAAGGUGGCAGGGCCGACAUCGAAGACACACCAAAACCAUUCGCCACCACAGAGCAACCAAAGACACGGGUGGAAGCAGAGAAUGGGAACGAGGAGCCUACACCGAAGAGGACUGCAGACAUCAUCAUUCACACCACGAUGGCAACUCCGACCUCUGAGGCACCUUGA